CGCUCUCGGGGCCCGCGGGAAGGCGCCGGGACGAGCCGGGGGAGCGGCGCUGCCGGAGCGGGGCCGGCGGGGCCCGACAGGCGGGGAGCGGGGAGCCGGGGCACGGCGGAACGCGGGCGGCGGGUGCUGGCGCCGGCCGGGCCCGUCCCGCUGCACGGCCCGGCGGCAGCGGCGUCUCCGAGCAACCGCGGGCGGAAGCGGCGGAGCGCAGCGGCGGUGCACGUGCUGCAGGGUCCCUGCCAUGGUCCUGAAGGUGUUCUUUCCAUCGUGCUGCUCCUCAGCAGACAGCGGCAUUCUGAUCGGCCGCUGGAUCUCCGAGCAGAACUCUGCUGUCAUCCUUGCUGUGGUGCACUUCCCCUUCAUUCCUGUCCAGGUGAAGCAGUACCUUGGGGAAGUUCAGCGUGUUACUAAAGUCAGUGUUUCUGUGCUUGGCUCAUGGAGCAACAGCAAACAAGAGAAAGAAGAGAGUCUCAGUGAGUUCUUGGAAGACCUUGGGACCAUAUUCUGCCAUGAACCAUGGAUCCAGAUAAGCAAAGAGGGAGACAGCAAAUUCUGGAGCUGUUCUACCCUUCAGAAACACUCUAAGAACCCUCAGGAGGAAGAAAUCAUCUUGGUGUACUAUGACCAGCGCAAGGUCAUGCUUUCCCAUCUGCACCCCCCUUUGGACACAGCUGGCCAGGGGGCAGAGGAUGCCUCAAAGCUCUCAGCCAUCUUUGACACGGUGGCCAGGAGCCAGGUGCUGUUCAUGACAGACAGGUACGACGAGGGGCCCAUCAAGCUGACCCACUGGCAGUCGGAUGGGGUGGAGGCCAGUAUCAUCGUGGAGCUGCUGAAGCAGGCCUCUGUGCCUGCCUGCAUGCUGCUGACAUUCCUGCUCUCUCUGCUCUCUGGGAUCUGCAGGAGCAGGGUGCUGAAGUUUUGGCCUUUGUCUUUCUUGUGGAGCAAACUCUCAACUUGUGAGCAGCUGGGACAUCGCCUGCAGCACCUCCAGGUCAUCAGCAGCAACAAGAAGGCUCAAAACCAAAAUCAGCUGAUGAGGAAAGCAAACAUCUUUGUGUCUCUGCUGGUUGAUGUGGCCCUGGGGAUCCUGCUGAUGUCGUGGCUGUACAGGAAGAACUGCAUUGGUCACCUUGCUGACACUCUCAUCCCUGUGGCUGAUCAUGUGGCUGAAGAGCUGCAGGACCUGCUGCAGUGGCUGAUGGGAGCACCAGCUGGGCUGAAAAUGAACCGAGCCUUGGAUCAAGUCUUGGGCCGCUUCUUCCUUUAUCACAUCCAUCUUUGGAUCAGCUACAUCCACCUGCUGUCCCCCUUCAUUGAGAUGAUCCUGUGGUACGUGGGGCUGUCGGCGUGCCUGGGCCUGACCGUGGCUCUCUGCAUCCUUUCCGACAUCCUCGCCCUCCUGACCUUCCACAUCUACUGCUUCUAUGUCUACGGGGCCAGGCUCUACUGCCUGAAGAUCUACGGCCUGUCCUCGCUGUGGCGCCUGUUCCGGGGCAAGAAGUGGAACGUGCUGCGGCAGCGGGUGGAUUCCUGCUCCUAUGACCUGGACCAGUUAUUUAUUGGCACUUUGCUGUUCACAAUCCUGCUGUUCCUCCUGCCUACAACUGCACUGUAUUAUUUGGUGUUCACCCUGCUGCGGUUGCUGGUGGUGAUUGUGCAGGGCCUCAUACACCUGCUGGUGGACCUGAUUGACUCCCUGCCUCUCUAUUCCCUCAUCCUUCGCCUCUGCAGAUCCUACAGGCUCGCAGCUGGAGUGAAGUUCAGAGUCCUUGAGCAGCAGGAUGAAAAACCUCUGCGGCUCCUUAUGCAGAUCAACCCCCUCUCCUACGGAGGUGUGGUCCAGACCUACAGACUGCCCACCUACAGCUGCUAUCCCAGGGACUCCUGGGCAUCUCUCUGCAAGAAACUGUUCCUUGGGGAGCUCAUCUACCCUUGGAAACACAAAGGAGACAAGCAGAACUAAAUACAGUGGGAAGAACUUAGGAACUUGACCUGGAAAACAUGCCAACUCCUAAUGCUUUGGGACCAAAGGCUGCUCAGAGCCAGCAGCUGCUCCAUCCCUUUCAAUAGAUUUUCAUAACAUAGGAAGGGCUGAAUUUUUAAAGGCAAGUAUUUUUAAACAUUAUUUUUCAAUUUUCUCCUCCCUUACACUGUGUUUGUAUAUUAUGCUAAUGAUUAUUUUGGAAGCAAAAGGUUACACUCGUCAGUGCCUCAUGAAAUCAGCGCUCAGUGUCAUGGAGGAAGCAGCUUCCAAAUGUUCUGGUGAUGAAUUUCUCCUUCCACGUCAGCUCACAGGGCUGUAGCAAAGCAGCCCCUCAGGUAGUUCAGAGCCACAAUGCUGUGGUGCCUCCAGCCAGAGCAUGUUUUGGACCUUUUCUGCUUCAGCCUUCAAGCCAGCUGAUCAAAACCAUGUGGAGAAUCAGCUCAUGAAGUCCUGUGCUGAAAACUGAACAGCUGGGUGUCUGAGUUCAUGGGAUAUUUAUUAAUUUCUUUUGAGGAGGGCUUGCACUCAGUCUCACUGCAGCACCAGACAAGGUGCUGAAAGAGUGAGGCUGGGAGCCCAGAAGCACAGACUGUUGUAUCAUGAUUCUGUGAUUUCUCUUAGGGGAGUUUUUGGCUUUGGAUAAGUUUCCAAAGCACAUUAGUGCUUGGCUUUCCAUGUCCUGGUCUCAUUUUGAUGUGACUCCUAUUCUCUCUCUUGGAAAGGGUGCCUGUGCACUGGAGGGUGAUUCCCACUGGGUAUGCUGUGGUUGUAUCAAAUUUAAAUACAGUCCUUAUCCAAAAUACACUUCCUCCAGCUCUGCUCAUUCCUCUGCCCCAGCUCAAACAAGGAGUCAGCAUCACUGUACCCUGCUUUUUGCAGAUGAGGGCUGUGCUGGAUCCUUCCCCUUUUGCCCUGGCUAAGGAGCCAAAGAUGGAGGAAGAGGAGAAGGUGCUGUGGUUGCAGUGCCCAGCCCUUCUCUGCAUGGCUGCCUCUGUAUUCCAGUGGGUGUUGGCAGGGCAAGGUGCCCUGGGGCUUUAGGAGCCUUCAGUCAGUACUCCCAGGGACAGGGGCAGAGUUUCCUACCCCAGCCCUGUGUCUCAUCCAUGUGCUGGCAGCUGUCAGAGAAGAGAAGGGUUGUGCCCCCUGCUUUAAGACAUCCCUGGCCAGAUGUAUUUGGGUUGUCUGGAGCUGCUAAAAGCCUCUCAUGGUGCAGCCACUGCCUCUACAGGCAAAGCCUGAGCAGGAGAGAAGGAAGCUCUGCAGGCAGGUGCAUGGUCCAGCAGGCAAAGCUCUAAGGCCUUCAAGUUUUCUUUGGGACAUGUGAGGGCACUACAUGAUGCCCUGUCACCUUCAGCCAGGGCACAUCACUGGGGAAAGCCAGUGUGGCAAAGCCCCCACCAUCUGCCACUGCAGGCUCUGGCUGGGACAUCCUUGCCUGCAGAAACUGGAGAGAGCUUGUUCUUUGAUGAUCUGUGCUUAAAACUGCUGUGCAGCAUCUUUUUGUCCUGGAAUUAUCACUGCCUGAGAGAUUCUCUGCACUCCAGUUGGGAAUAACUGCAGGCUGUGAUCCAUUUAGUGGAUGAAUGGUCUAAAUAACAUUUUCACUUCAGCUGAAGUCAGAGUCAUGAGCCCCAUCCUCACCUGACAUUGAGCAGGGCAGGUUUACACCUUACCUCCCUCUCAUCUUUCCCCUGGAGCUCCUAAAUGACAUCCCCUGGUUCCUCCCACACCUUCACAGUUCAGUUUGCUGACUGCUGUGAGAAACUUUGUUAUUUUUGGUCUUGUGAAAGUAAUGUUUCUAAUAUCCUGCAUUUUAAAAUCUUUCUGUGAGACCAGACAGUUCAUGAUGGUCCUUGGGGAUCAAAUGCCAUGAAAGCCCCAGAGACAGCACACAGCCAUGAAAACCAGCAACUGUGACCUUCCUAUUGGGAACCUGCCAGAUGUAUCAGAUGUUCCAGUGUUGGGUUUGUUUACUAAAGGCUGAUACUGACUCUGGGGUGGGGAAAUACCAAACGGAGAAAAAGCUCCUCCUCAAACCUGAGAUCCUGAGUCUUCUGCAACAGGGAGCCUUGAGCAGCCCAGCUGGGCAGUGGCAGCUCCUUGGGGGGGCAGUUGUCCUGUGUCACCUGAGCUGGUGACUGAGCUGCCUCUCUGCUCCUCACACUGGGUGUUCUCCUUGCCCUUGAUGGUAUCUGAGCAUCUGAGUUGCUUCUGCUGGAUGUUUGCCAUGUCUCUCCUCUUCCUUUCCAGUCCCUGCUGUGAAGGAGUCUUCCUCCACCCUUUUCCUACUCUGUGCAGAGACACUACAACAACACAGCAGACAUCCUGCUCAAGAGCACUUGACCUUAUGUCAUCUCUCUAAUUAGAAGUUAGGAUCAGCCUCAUCUUCCAGGGCAGCACAGACUGGCCCAGCACUGACAUUUCCUCAGGGAAGAGGCUGCUGGAAAGGCUCUGGCUCUGAUUUAUCCUCAGAUCCAUAUUAUCCAGAGCAGCCCUUGGAUGAGAAGUAGUUAAAAAUUCCAGAUCUCCCAUUCCUACCACUCACCCCUUAUAGCAGGCAGCAAGGAGGCUUUGCCAGCCAUCAGUCAAAGACUCUAAUCUUACAGACUUU